AUGUCAAUCCUCCUAACAUCCAACUAUACUCCACCCACGGCAGAUAUAGAACCAACUACAAGAUUUCUAAAUAGAAUUAUGCAGCAAUUCAGAAUGCCAGACAAGAUUUUCGCAGGGGAUUUUAAUUCCCACAACACAGCUUGGGGAUACCGCGCAACUGACUUCUUCAGAACACGACGGAUGCACCGCCAACUUUUGAUAGAUCAUUCGCAAAGGGGGUGGCCAGAUCUAACACUGACUACUCCACACACUGCACUCUACCUACAAAACUGGAAGGUCGAAGAAGAUGAAAGUCUGAGCGACCACAAGUUCAUCACCUUUUCACUCGAGAAACAGACCAUUGUCUCAAAGAUACGACGCUAUAAUCUUCCAGGACGGAAGAUUAAAACAUUUUCUAAGAAAAUAAAAGACCAGCUAACACAUUUAGACCAGACGCUACAGCAACUGACCACAACAUCUGAACUGGAAGAAUUCACGAUAAAAUUGCAAACGGUAAUUCAGAACACAUGCAAUGAAUGCUUACCUCUACGAAAGCCCAAGAAACUUCAGGGACUAAACUGGUGGUCUAGCACACUUAGAACAAAACAAUCAAAAUGCCGGGCACUCCGAAGGAGACUUAAAAAUGAACGAAGACUGGGAAUUCAGUCAAAUACCUUGACUGUCUUCCGACAGGAGAGGGCCGCGUACAAGCGCAUGAUAAUUCAAGCGAAAAUUGCAUCUUGGCGAGACUUCUGCACUCAAACCAAAGAGGUGUACGGUAUCCAUCACAAAAUAGCCACAGCAAAAAUCUUUAAACCGUCUCAACUACAAGUUCCCUCAACCCAGACCACCGUGGAGAGUCACACAGCAGAUACUAUUCGGGCUAUCCUUAAUACGGUAUUUUGCCAGGACGACGCACAGCUUGACACAGAGCUGCAAGCUAACAUACGUUCGGACACCACUAUUCCAGAAACCGAUGCAGAUCGAAAUAUUACAAUAGCAGAGCUGAAGCAUAUAAUACACAACCUCCCAAAGAAAAAAGCCCCCGGCCCAGACGGCGUCGACUACAAUAGCCAAAACAAUAAUCCUAGCUCACCCAAUGUUUUUUGUAGUCUUCUUCAACAAACUGUUACAUACGGGUACCUUCCCAAAGCCAUAUAA